AAUGCGGUAAAUACAGAAAUUACAUUAAACCUCUACAUUUGUCGUUAAUAGUCUACGCAGUCACGCGCGGAAACUAUUACACUGGUGGCAGCGAUUAUCCGAACUUUUUACAAUUCAUAGCAGUUUUGUUGACUCACAGCCAACUCUGCCAAUCUUUUUUACAAUCUUUUUUUCACCAUUCAUAGCAGUUUUGUUGACUCACAGCCAACUCUUCCAAUCUUUUUUACAAUAUUUUUACACAAUUCAUAGCAGUUUUGUUGACUCACAGCCAACUCUGCCAAUCUUUUUUUACAAUCUUUUUUUCACAAUUCAUAGCAGUUUUGUUGACUCACAGCCAACUCUGCCAAUCUUUUUUUUACAAUCUUUUUUUUCACAAUUCAUAGCAGUUUUGUGACUCACAGCACACUCUGCCAAUCUUUUAAAAUAAUUUUUACAAUGGAUAGCAGUUCGACAGGUUCUCUGUCAUUUCAUCAAUUUUCUUUAAAUAAUAAAAAAAAAGAAAGAAAAACGAACGGUCAACCGACGAUCAUUUUAUUUUGGGCGGAAUGUCAGAAACCACUAAAGAAAAAUUAGGUACAACAGCCUUUUUGAAAAACAUUGGGAAGGUAGUCUUAAACACAUUAUCCCCUAAACAAUUUAAGCGAACGCCGAAAGUGGGAGAAACAAAAUCAGAAGGGCCAGACAAUAGCGAGUCGGAAGACCAUCAAACAUUCAGUUCAGAAACCGAAUACGAAACCGACGAAGAAGUGCCAAGAGAAGACGAACAAGCAGCAGACGACACUCAUUGGGAAAAUUCAAAAGGGAAAGCUUUAAGACGAACACCUCCCCCUACUGAGAGACUUUACCCACACCUAUCUGAGGUCGAAGAAAAUGAAGUCGUGGAGUCAAAAUCUGAAAAAGAAUUACCAGAAGUAGACGAGGAAGAUAAAAAUCAGGCAGAAUUAAGCAAACCAAAAAGAAAGGCACGCAAGGGACACAUUAAGGGACAGCCACCAACUCGGUGGAGUAGUCGUGCGCAGGUGCAUCAGGAAGAAGAGAGUUUGAAGAACCCAAAAAUCUGCAGAAAUCAAAGAAACAAAAUUGAUGGAAGAGAAAGAUUAAGCAACGGAAGAGGAGGACGAAAGCGAUAGCUCUAUAGAUAGUGAAGAAGAGGUAAAAGGAGAUAACGAGAAUCUCACGUCAGAAGAGAAGGAGGACGGCAAUCCAGUCUGUCAAAUAGGGAAAGAAAAGAGCUUAAAAGAAAGAGAAAUAAAAACAGAAAGAAAUAAGCCGAUAGCUUCUAGCUAUCCAAAACAGUUAGAUCAAUCCAUCAAGACAGGGAAGAAGCUACUGGGAGAGAAAAUACCCAGAA